AUGUCAUAUUCAUCAAAUUGUCUUAGUCUAUCAUCAUCUCUUGCUUCACAAUUUUCUCAAUCAAUUGUUUUUUCUCCAAGAUCAGAUGAUAUAUCAUCUCAUAUAACACGACACAUCUAUAUAUCUAAUCAACCAACAUUAUUCAAUUCUCCAACAACAAAUAUUAUAUUAAGUUUAACAUCAAAUCAAAAUCUAUUUGAUUUUUAUCAUCAUCAACAACCACGACAUGAUCAACAAACAAUUGAUGCAACAUCAACACAUAGUUCAACAUUAAAUACUCCAACAAGUACAUAUGUUUUAUGUCGAUAA